AUGGUGGCUCCAGCUGCCCCUCCAGUGGCCAAAGCAGCUCCUGGGAGCCCGGUCAGUGCCCCCUGUGCCCCUGUCACAGCAGCCAUGGCAGCUCCCCCCUCUCCAGCUGCCCCUCCCUCAGCCAAAGAUGCUGCCAAGGGCUCUGUUGCUGCCUCAGCUGCCACUCCAAGUGCCCCCAGCCCAGCUCCAACCACCCCACCUGCAGCCAAAACUGCUCCCAAGAGCCCUGUUGCUGCUCCCCCAUCCCCUGCCACCCCAGCUCCUGCAGCUCCACCAGCUCCAGCUGCACCCCCAGCAGCUGAAACACCCCCAAAGAGCCCUGCCAAAGCCACCCCAACUCCUGCCACCCCCACUGAGGACAAGACACCCCCAAAGAGCCCUGCCAAAACCACCCCAGCUCCAGCCACCCCCACUGAGGACAAGGCACCCCCAAAGAGCCCUGCCAAAACCACCCCAGCUCCAGCAUCCCCUGGAGCAGACAAAAAACCUCCCAAGGGCAGCCCUGUCACUGCCCCAUCCACUCCUGUGGCUCCAGCCCCUUCAGCUGCCCCUGCUGAGGACAAGGCACCCCCAAAGAGCCCUGCCAAAGCCACCCCAGCCUCUCCUGAGGCCAAGGCACCUCCAAAGAGCCCUGUCAAAGCUACCCCAGCCCCUGCUGAGGCCAAAACACCCCCAAAAAGCCCUGCCAAAGCCACCCCUGCUCCAUCAGCCUCACCUGAGGACAAGGCACCCCCAAAGAGCCCUGCCAAAGCCACCCCAGCUUCUCCUGAGGCCAAGGCACCUCCAAAGAGCCCUGUCAAAGCUACCCCAGCCGCUGCUGAGGCCAAAACACCCCCAAAGAGCCCUGCCAAAGCCACCCCAGCUCCAGCAGCCUCUCCUGAGGCCAAAACACCCCCAAAGAGCCCUGCCAAAGCCACCCCUGCUCCAUCAGCCUCACCUGAGGACAAGGCACCUCCAAAGAGCCCUGUCAAAGCCACCCCAGCCCCUGCUGAGGCCAAGGCACCCCCAAAGAGCCCUGCCAAAGCCACCCCAACUCCAGCCACCCCCACUGAGGACAAGACACCCCCAAAGAGCCCUGCCAAAACCACCCCAGCCUCUCCUGAGGCCAAAACACCCCCAAAGAGCCCUGCCAAAGCCACCCCAGCUCCAGCAUCCCCUGGAGCAGACAAAAAACCUCCCAAGGGCAGCCCUGUCACUGCCCCAUCCACUCCUGUGGCUCCAGCCCCUUCAGCUGCCCCUGCUGAGGACAAGGCACCCCCAAAGAGCCCUGCCAAAGCCACCCCAGCUCCAGUGGCCCCUGCUGCAGCCAAAGGACCCUCAAAAAGUCCUGCUGAAGCCAAGGCAUCCCCAAAGAGCCCUGCCAAAGCCACUCCCCCUCCAGCCACCCCUGCUGAGGCCAAGGCACCCCCAAAGAGCCCUGCCAAGACCACUCCAACUCCAGCAGCCACAACCCCACCUCCUGCCCCAGCCACGGGCAUUUCUGGUGCCCCUCCAAAGCCCCCAGCCCCUUCCAAGAAGCAGCAGCCCCCCAGCAAUAACAAGGUGGCCAAGGCGGCCGCCCGCUCCCCCUCGAAAGCCGCGCCCGGCGCUGACGACGAGGACCUGCCACCUCUGCUCCCCCCAGAGCCACCCGUGCUGCUGGAGCUGUCCCCUCCCACGGGGGUCCUGGCACCACAGCCUGUCCUCAAGAAUGACAAGGGUAUUUGUCCAUAUGUGCAUGGAGUGUCACUGGCUGCCCACGGGGUACUAACGGUGUGCCCGGUGGGCACGGGGAGGGACGGGACUGGGCACGGUGCCAGCGGUCACUAACGCGUGUCCUCGGGCACGGAGCACGGUGUGAUGUUUGUGGUUUGUGGUUUGUUUGUGGCAUGGGCACUGCGAGAUGAGUUGAGCUGAGCUGAGCUGGCUUCACACCGAGGAGAUGCCACGUGCCUGGCACUGCUGUGUGUGGUGGCCUCGUGGUGGCCUCAUGUCCGGCUGGCACUGUUGGUGCCAAACUGGGCUGUCCCCACGCUAUGCCUGAAGUGUUGGGAGCCCAGGACACACCUUGACACCUGCAGAGAGGUUUGCCAAGGCUCCUGUGGGCCAUGUGGCCCUUCCCAGAGGACUGGAUCCAGGUAACGGCUGCAUGGGAGCAUCAGGGUCACCUCCAGGUGACCUCCAAGGCUGGGGACACUCAGCUCUGCUUCAAUAACUGGUGUGGUCAGUGCCGUGGGUCACAACUGCAGCUGGUGGUGGCCCUCUGGGCACCCAGAGGUGCUGUCCCCUGAGGGGGGUUCAGGGUUAUCCCAGAUUAUCCCUGUGGUGAAGCCACGGAUGUGCAGCAGCCCUGGGGGCCCGGUGAGGGGGUCUCAGUGCCGUGUGUCAGCUCUGGGUUUGAGGGGACUCAAGAGAGGCCCUGUCACACUAAGCUACUGCCACCUCAGCACCCUGGGAGUGCCACCCACCUCCUCCAGGCAGUGCCACAGGCUGGAGCCACCUCGGGCACCUGUGGGGCUCUGGCACCCUGCUCCCACCAUGGCAAGGCUGAGAACCCACUCGUGCCACCCUGCUGAUGGCAUUCAGGGCGCAGGGAAUGCUCCAUCCACCACCUACCUGGGCUGACUGGUGGCAAACCAGUGUGGCCUGGACCUACCUGAGAUGGGAGGAGUGAGGGGUGUG